AUGGAUGAUAUUCGUGGUGUUGAGAAAAUCCUCUGUUCUUUGGAUUCCAGAUUUGACUACAUUGUGGUAGCCAUUGAAGAAUCAAAGGACUUGAGUACCAUGACUAUUGAUGAACUCACAGGUUCGUUGCAAGCCCAUGAAGAAAGAUUAAACAACAAGAAGAAGGAAGUAGAUCUAGAUCAAGCACUCCAGUCAAAGUUGUCUCUAAAUGAGAAGAAGGGAGAUUUUAAAAAUCAAAGAGGGAGAGAUCGCGGUCGUGGAAGAGGAAGAAAUUUUAGAGGAAGAGGCUCAAAUGCUCGUGAAAGAGGUGAAGAUGCAAGCACGGAGAAUGGAUGGAACGAAGCCAACCAAAACAGUGGUGCUAGCAAGCAUAUUACAGGUAGCAAAAAUUUAUUUUUGAAGUUCUUUGAAUCUGAUUGUGGAGAAGUAAAAGUAGGAGAUGGCAAGGCUUACAAAGUUAGUGGUGUUGGUGAGUUGGAGUUCAAAACAAAGCAAGGAAGGGUUGUUGCUAGAGUUGGAGUGGCAUCAAAUAAUCUUUUCUCUUUCACCCUUCAAAAUCAGAAUAUGUCUUGCUUUAUUGGUGCUCAUAAAGAAGUUUCAAAGUUAUGGCAUGAUAGAUAUGGACAUUUGAACUAUGGAAAUUUGGAGAUGCUUUCAAGGAAGAUGAUGGUCAGAGGUUUACCAAAAAUCAAUCGGCUUGAUGAUAUUUGUGAAGCAUGUCAACUUGGAAAGCAACACAAAAUUGGUUUUCCUUCUUAA